GUUCUUUUCAAUCGAGGAUUCAAGCAGUAAACAUGGCUGAUAAUAUUACAGGUGAAUAUUUUUUUUUUCAUCGUUAAAAGAUGAAUAAUUAACAAUUUUGUAUCGGAUAUUACGUAGUUCAAGAUUUAAAACAAUUUAUGGCUGAAAUAGCUACAAAUUCCACAAACCAAAUGGACACUUUCCGUAAGGAAUGCAUGGAUCUAUUUUCACAAAAUGAGACAAGAACAAUGGAUUUCAUUAAUGAGAGAUUAAAUUCUGUAUUGAUUGAUGAAAGUGUCGGAAAUAAGGGAGAUGGAGAAAAUCUAGAUAAACUGACAGAUGCAAUUAUGAAGGAAGUCGAUGACCUAACCAAUAUUCCUAAAAAUUUACUUCCGGGAAUUUCACCAGUUUCAGGAACCUGCACCAAGCUUCCAUCUACUUCCACGUCAUCAUUAUACAAUCUGCGUCCAUCAAUUUUAUCUUCUAGCCAACAAAACUCAAAUGUUCCGCUUCCAGUUAAUUUUGACCCAUGCUGUUUGGAAUUAAUUGAAUGCAGAAGCAGCAAUAAAGCCUUCAAAGCCUCGGAACUAAUGGGCUCAUUCAAUGGAUACUUUAUUGAAAAAGCAGUUUCAAAUUUAGCAGAAGCUAUUAAAGACUACGCAAGAAUAAUGACGAACGUCAGAAGAUGCCAAUUCAGUUUAAAAUGUGCUGCGCAAGAUUUCAUCAGUACGUAUGAUGCAAAUAAGGAAGUAGUAGAAACUUAUUUCCCACCUGAGUAUUCGGCAAAAAUAAAAAAAGCCAUUAAUGGCACUAUUAGGCGUUAUGCAAAAAGUGAUGACCCACCAAAAGUCAUUCCACAUUCUGCUUUUCGCAAAAAUUACAAGAAAAAAAAUAAUUAUUUCAAGAAUAAUUAUAAUUAAAAUGUGAAGAUUAGCG